AUGGCGUUCACUGGUAGCAAGAUGAGGAGAUUGAUGGUAGUCGAGGUCCUUUGGGAGCUUUCUGACAAGGGCUUGAAGAAAAAUUCUCCUUUUGAAAGGCUUCGGGAGAAAGCGUUUAUUAAUAUCUCGGAAGUGGCAGAAGGAACAUCUAAUGUCACUUGGUUGAAUCGCCAGAUGCAUGAAAUGGAGAGGUUGACCUCCGGCUUCGAAAACUUCAAGAACGACGUCUACGACAAAAACCCAGAGUUGUUCUCGCAGUUGUCGCAGGGACAAAGCCCCAAGUACAUGGUGUUCGCUUGCUCUGACUCGCGCGUGUGCCCGUCGGUGGUGCUCGGGUUCCAGCCCGGCGAGGCCUUCAGCGUCCGCAACAUCGCCGCCAUGGUUCCGCCUUACGACCAAAAAAGGUAUAGUGGCUCUGGAGCCGCCAUUGAAUACGCUGUUCUUCAUCUCAAGGUGGAGAACAUAGUGGUGAUUGGCCACAGCUGCUGUGGUGGGAUCAAGGGGCUCAUGUCCAUCAAAGAGGAUGGGAAUACCACAACCGAGUUCAUUGAGGACUGGGUGAAAGUAUGUUUACCAGCGAAGGAGAAGGUGAAUGAAGAAUUCGCGUCCUCGUCUUUUCCUGAACAGUGCACCGAAUGUGAAAAGGCGGCUGUGAAAAUCUCCUUGGAGAACCUGAAGACCUACCCCUUCGUGAAGGACGCGGUGGAGAAGGGCUCCUUGAAGCUCUUCGGAGCAUACUACGACUUUGUGAAUGGGAAAUUCGAGAUAUGGUGAAUGAAUGAAACAGGCAACCCUGCAAUAUAUAACUAAUU